AUUCGCUGUUCACAGUGCAACAAAAACAUACGUAUCGAAAUGGCAGCUAAGUUCGUAAUUGUCGCUAUGCUGGUGGCAGCUGCUCAAGGCAGCGCCAUCCACGGAGCUGACUACACCAGCUUCUCGUACGGUGUGUCAGACCCGCACACCGGUGACGUCAAGAGCCAGCACGAGACUCGCGUUGGUGACAGCGUAGUCGGCCAGUACUCCCUCCUCGACUCUGACGGCACAAAGCGCACUGUAGACUACGCUGCUGAUGCCCACUCUGGAUUUAACGCUAUCGUCCGCAAGGACCCCGCCCUCGUCGCCCACGCCGCUCCCGUGGUGGCUCACGCCGCUCCCGUGGUAGCUCACGCCGCUCCUCUCGCCUACGCCGCGCCCGCCUACGCCGCGCCCGCCGUCGCCGCACCCGUGGCGUAUGCUGCCCAUACCCCAGCCGUUUCCUCCGUAUCUGCUUACUCCACCUCCCUCGCCCAUGGUGGUUACGCUGCCCCCGUGGCUGCAUACGCCGCACCCCUUGCCCAUGGCGUGGCCUUAGGAGGUCUCGGUGCCCACGGUCUUGGCGCUCAUGGUCUUGGUGCCUACGGUUCUCAUCUUGGCUACGCCAAAUACUACUAGAUAAUUUAUUGUAUACCUGUGUAAUAUACGUUAAUGAUUAUGACUCCGUCAUACAUAUACAUAUGACGCAAAUACUGUGAUGAAUAAAAUACUCUUAUUGGUGACUCCU